CUCUCCGUGAAUGAGUAGUCUCCCCGCUCUGUAUUUCGCUACACGUCAGGAGCGCCAGUGGUGCAACUUUCAUGUCCGUACGAGCCCAUUUAGCGCACACUUAAGGUCAUCCUUGGCACACCGGACCUAAUUAUGAUUAGCAUUGAUUAGCGUGACAUGCCAUUUGAUGUGCCCGAGUGUGCUGAAUAUCACCAGGAUGUACCUAUCAUAAGUGAAUACGUCAGAAACUAAAUUAAAUUGUACUUGAUAAAGAGGCGUGUGAGUGUCAAUCAGUGGCGCAAUGCCAGCCACAAGAAAAAGUGAUAAGAGCUGUUACUAUGAGGUGUUGGGCAUUGAGAAAAGUGCUACAGAACAAGAUAUUAAAAAAGCGUAUAGAAGAUUAGCGCUGAAAUGGCACCCUGACAAAAACCCAGAGAACAAAGAUGAGGCCAAGAAAAAAUUUCAAGAAAUUUCAGAAGCAUAUGAUAUACUCUCAGACAAAAAAAAGCGCGAGGUGUAUGACCUGUAUGGGAGAGAUGGCGUGCUAGGAGGACAUCACCACAGAGGGGAUGAAGAUUUUAACUUUGACACUUCUGGCUUUGGAAACUUCCACUUCCACUUCAGGAGUCCUGAAGAAAUUUUCAGAGACUUUUUUGGCACAGAUGAUCCAUUUGCCAGCUUUUUUGGUGUUGCUCGGAGAAAUGGCAACACAUUCGAAUCAUCUUUUCCAGGGUUCCCUCAGGGGAACAGCUUUGCCUCGUCCUUCUUCUCACAAGAUCCAUUUGCCAGCUCAGGUUUUGGUCGACCUUUGAGGCGGAGGCGGGGUGAACACAGUAGAGGCCGACUGGGUGGCCUCCACGUGCACCACACCCAUCAUCCCUUUCUGGCCUUCUCCCCACGUGUGCACUUUGGCUUUCCCAUGAUGUCCAUGAUGGCUGAUCCUUUCUUUGGAUUUCCUGGAGUUGGCGCUGGAACUGCCCAUUUCUCCAGCACAAGUUUUGGUGGUCCAACAAUAGGGGGCAACUUCCGCUCCACCUCCACAUCAACCAAAAUAGUCAAUGGAAAGCGUAUUGUUACUAAAAAGGUGGUUGAAAAUGGCCAAGAAACUGUGAUGGUGGAAGAGGAUGGAAUUCUGAAGUCUAAGAGCAUCAACGGUGUCCCCCAAGCUCUUGAUGGCCCAACAUCUAAGCCCAGCAUUCGAGCCUGAAAGUGCUACUUUUUGUUUGCUGUUGUCAUUGUAGUUUUCACUAUAAUAUAUGACUUUUUUUCACCAGGAAUGAAACAUAGUUUAAGUUGAUUGCUUUAGUUUCAGUGUUGAUUCUAGCAACAUUACAUAUAGAAAAACAAUUUGAGCUUUUAUACUUAAAUCACAUUUAGCCCAAAUGUGAAAAAAAAAACAUGAAUUCAGUAAGUUAAAACCCUGCAAUACUGUAUAUAUUUUUUCAUAUUAUUUAAAAAAGCUUGUCAACAAAAGUGAUUAUUCCUAAUUGUAAAUUUGGCAUUUUACAUACUUCUUAGUAUUAAAAAGCUGUUGUCCUAUUGUAUUGACAUAUCAGAGGAAUAACUGAACAAGCUAAAAAUUAAUUUGUAUUGUGGACCUUUGAACAAACUGAUGCUGGCUUGUGUGUCUUGAGAUAUGGGUGUACAAAUAUAUCACAUAAAAUCUUGUUGGUAGCUGUAUUCAUCAUGUUGGGUUGUUGUAUGUCUGGUGUGAGUGUGUGCCUCUGUGAUCAUCUGCUGGUCCAUGUCCCGCUGACAUUUGAAGAACCAAUCGCAGCUAAAGAAAGUAUCAGAAAUGUAAUGUUGCCUCUGUGUUGUAUAUUGUAGUCAUGUACAUCUGAUUUAUUCUAUAUGGUGUAACCAUGCAAUGCUACUCAAACAUACAUGUACCUUGGAUAACACCUCUGGAAGUUAUCAAUAAAUAAAACUCAUUUGUUCAUUGCAAAUUU